CCCACGCGGAGGAGUUCAGAUGGAAGUGGUCAUCACUAGAAGGCAAAUGGUGUCAGCGUUAAUCCCAGUGAAACUGCCAGGUUGCAAUGUGCACCUGAAUGAGACAGUGAUAGUAGUCUGUAGCCCGGGAGCAGAGCUGAAGAUUCCCCUCUGCCGCUCAGAAAUAGGCUGUACUCCAGACAGGCUUCACCCACCCAAAAACAACAUGUACCCUCUGAAUUUUCUGGAAGCAUCUCAGUGACGGGAUCGCGACAUUUAAAAAAAACGUACACAGCAGACAACGUCAGGCGGAGAAAUGCAGAGAAAGGAGAGGCGGGGAGUCUCAAGUCCUCAGAUAGAGUGAACAGAAGCGGGGGGGAGGGGGAGCGAAGAGAGAGCUGGGGACUAACGGUGGGAUCAAAGUACCUGGGAUCAAAGCAGAAUUAAGGGCAUCUGAGAAUUCAGGGAAAAAAAUAUAAAGUGUGAUACUGAAAUUCCAACAGAAACCAUUUCAUAACGAGCUGCAUCUGUGAUUCUAAGUAAUGUAUGGAGGAAGAAAUCCCACAUUGCUGCUCCUGCUGCUGAGGGAAACUUGUUUUCUCUAGUGAAUACUGAACGGUGAGCAGUGUUGUGCCAGGGACUGGCUGCUGGCGUUUUCCAGGUAUUGUCUGGUCUGGACUGGGAGCUGCCCAGGCUCUCAUUUCUUGAGACUCCAGGACUGUGCGCCGGCCCUUGGACCAGGUCAAAGAUGUCCUCGAAACUUUUCGUCCUCCUUUUCCUCCAAUCUGCUAUUCACGCGAGCAGCAAAAUUGAAGAUGAAGAUGAUGAUGAUGUUGGUCUGAAUAAGACAUGGGUUCUCGCUCCCAAGUCUCAAGAUGCAGAUGCGACACACAUACUGAACUCACUGUUGAGUGGCUAUGACAACAAACUGCGGCCAGAUGUUGGAAUAAAGCCAAUUGUUAUUGACGUGGACAUCUAUGUGAACAGCAUUGGCCCAGUAUCUGUUAUCCAAAUGGAGUACACCAUCGAUAUCUUCUUCGCACAAACCUGGUAUGACAGGAGGCUGCGUUUUAACAGCACACUGAAAGUCCUGACCUUGAACAGCAACAUGGUGGGGCGUAUCUGGAUCCCAGAUACCAUAUUCCGAAACUCAAAGAGGGCUGAUUCUCAUUGGAUCACCACACCCAAUGAACUGCUACGAAUCUGGAAUGAUGGCAAGAUCCUCUAUACUCUGAGACUCACUAUCGAGGCGGAGUGCCAGCUCUAUCUGCAGAACUUCCCCAUGGAUGAGCAGUCCUGUCCUCUCACCUUCUCCAGUUAUGGAUAUCCAAAAGAUGAAAUAACCUACAGAUGGAGACAGUACUCGAUUGAAGUAGCACACCAACGAUCCUGGAGACUCUACCAGUUUGAUUUUGUUCGUCUCCGGAACACAACAGAAGUCCUCAAAACCACUGCAGGAGACUACACUUUGAUGAUUGUUUACUUUGAUUUAAGUCGCAGAAUGGGAUAUUUUGCGAUACAGACCUAUAUCCCCUGUAUACUAACUGUAGUCCUAUCAUGGGUUUCAUUCUGGAUCAAGAGAGAUUCAACUCCUGCCAGAACAACACUCGGGAUCACCACUGUGCUGACCAUGACCACACUGAGCACUAUUUCCAGAAAAGCAUUGCCCAAGGUCUCCUAUAUCACUGCCAUGGACCUGUUCGUGUCGGUCUGUUUCAUCUUUGUCUUCGCAGCACUCAUGGAGUACGCCACCCUCAACUAUCUCGUAGGGACCAAGAGACCCAACCCCACAAAACGCAAACUCAAACCUGAAGCCAGUGCUCCAGGUGGGGAACCCUGCUUCACCACCAUCACCAUGAACAACCUGGCACAGUGGCAGGAGCCAGAGGACGAGUUGCCUGAUGACUGCCUGGAAGGCAAGGACUGUCGCUCCUUCUUCUGCUGUAUCGAGGAUUGCCAGACUGGCACGUGGCGCAGGGGUCGCAUCCGCAUCCACAUCUCCAGGCUGGAUGCCUACUCCCGGGUCUUCUUCCCCACCGCCUUUCUACUCUUCAAUCUCAUUUACUGGAUCUCAUACCUAUACCUGUGACUCAGUCAUUCGCAGUAAAUGAAUCCAACAAUAAAAGAUCUU